AUGGAAAGUGGUUUUUUUCGAAACCUCCAGGAAGAUAGCGCAUGUACAACUAAAAGUAAUGAAAAGGAACUUCAGUUGGAAUAUGUAAAUUUGUUAGAUAUAGAUAGCGGGGAAGGAAUAAGAAAAACAACAAAUAAUAUCGGAAGAAAUGAAAAAAAGACAAAGGUUGUUAAAAAUAAGUUUAUAUCAGAAAAUGAAAAAUUACAUAUAUUACAAAACUUAAGAAAAACAAAACUAAUAAACCUAAGUCAAACUUCACAAAUAGAAAGCAAUGAAAAACAACAAACUGAAGAUGAUAUAAAAAAAACAAAAAAAAAUAUAUUUCCUUAUCAUUCAUUUUGUAUAAAUCAUAAAGACAAUCGCUUAGGAAAUUUAAAAAAAGAACAUAUAGAUACAGAAUUAAAAAUUUUAAGAAAAAACAGAAAACAAAAAAAAAUAAAUAUUAACAAGUUUGACAAGCAUACACUUGGAAAGGAUAACAAAAAUAAUUUAUUUGGUGAUAAAAAAGAAAUAAACAAAAUAAAUUCAAAACUUAAUUCAAUAAAAAAUAAUGAUAAUGAAGAUAUAUCAUCAAAAGAACAGUCCUCCUUUGAAAGAGAAUUAUGUAAACAGUUUUUACAAAAAAAACUCACUAAAAUAAAACUCAUAAAUAGUAGCACUAGUAGUAAUAGUACUAGUGAUAUGACAAUAAAUAUGGGGAAUAAUAAGAUCCGAGAAAAUGUGUAUAGCUAUAGAACUAGCCAAAUUAACAAAAAUAAGAUAAUCACGAAAAAUAUACAAAACAUAAAGAAUAUGAAAAAAUCGCAAAUUUAUAAAACAUUGAAUAGUAAAGGCAGCAAAGAUAGCAAUAGUAAUAGUAAUCUUUCGCAUUCCAAAAAAUCAACAAAUACAUUUUUUAGAUACAACGAUGGAAAAGGUAGCACAAAAAAUGAAAGUCUGAACUUUGAAAAAAAUCAGAUUGCUAAGGAAAAAUAUGCAACAUCUUUUGGUGACCAUAGGGAUGACAAAUCAAUAAAAAAAACCAAAACUAAAAAAGUUGAAAAAGUUGAAAAAACAGAAAAAAUAGACAAAAUCAAAAAUAAAGGUUCCAUUGAAAAAUACGAAAAGAUGCACCAAAAUAGUAACGAUAGUCAAAAUAAAGAAACAAAAAAUGGAGAGAAUAAAAAAAAAAAAAAAAAUACAUUAACAAGGAAAAUAAUGAAAGAAUUUACCAAAGUAUAA